AUGCAGUGCGAUUUGCAGCGUCCGAAAUGUACACGUUGUCGGAAAGCCCGAAUACCUUGUAUCGGGCCUGGCGAGCAGAGGUACAAGUUCAUCAAUCGUAGCCAGCAUCGACGAGAAUCUUGUCCUGCUCCGGUGGAAGGGCCGCCACAGUCGUCCCGACCUUUUCCUCCCACCUUCGACUUCAGUGUCCCUCCGAGCAGUGAAAGUAGCAUUCUAGCGCAGUCGUUGGUCGCGCAUCUAGCACUAAAGGACCUUCGAUACAGCAUCACGCAGCUAUGGGGACCAUUCCUCGCAGAUCUUCCCCGCCGCAUGGGAUGUAAUGAGGCCCUGGAUGCCGCCACUGCCACGGUACUCGGGCUCCACGACGCCGAAACCAGAUUCGUCCGUGACAGCGCAACGCUCCGGCCGGUAUUACGACAGUAUGUUCGGGCGAUCAACGCCGUCCGUUCAAUCCUGGAUGACCCCGUCCGGGCGCAAGAGGUCGAGACGCUUUGUGCAGUCUUCUUGUUGGCCAAGGCAUCAUGCUAUUUCCCUGGCCCGAUCAGCAACUUUAUCUCACCACAUGGCACGGGAGCAGUCGAAUUGCUAAAGCUGCGCGGAUUCCGUCGUGACCAGGGGCCUUUCGAAUCGAUGCUGUAUGGCAAUCUACGAUUCCAGGUCGCCCAGGAGAUGUUAUUUGACCCAGAUCCGAAAUUAAGUCGCGAUCAGUGGAAGAUGUUUGAGACGUCCUGCCCAAACAAUCAGUUUUCGGACCAUCUUCUACGGUGCACGGUUAGGGUCGGGCGAUUCCUCACAGAAGUCAGAAGUACCGCACGGGGGAGUAUCGAGGAAGUGGCUGCGUAUUACCGAGUGACGCAGUUUCAGGGGGAAGUGGAACAAAUCACCCUUGGAAUGCAGCGGGAAGUCACUGUUAGUACCCAUGGUGGCACCGAAGAGCUGGCACUAAAGCAGAAGUACUAUAACCGUGGACUCGUCAUCACUGCGGUGCUUUUGUGUGUUCAGCGUGCCCUGGCGCCGAAGGAGUCUCGCUUUGCUCACGAGAUCGACCUCCUUUGCUCCCGAGUAUACCAGCUAGCAGAGGAUGCGAGGGCGUAUCUCCCUCUGGGGGGUAAUUGGAUGCUCAUCGGCCUCAUGGUCAUCUGGUGUGCGGCCAAAGGCACGGCGCAUCAAUCGAGGAUUGAAAAUCUCCUCGAUGGAUGGCGCAGGGACACCUUACCUGAAGAGCAUGCCAGAGUGCCCCAUACACAGCUGGAGGAGAUGUAUCAACGGCUGAGCUUCGAGGAGAGGCACGCAUAG